CGGCUCCCCGCAUUUCGCGCCCGUAGGAGGCGGAUGGCGGCCAUGCCGGGUAGAGGCCGCCCUCGGGGCCAGAAGAGAAAAAGAAAUUGGAAUACAGAAUAUCCAUCAUUUCCAGGAGAGAGUUCACUGAAUUUUAGAAGAGUGGGUCCCAGGACAGUGGGUACGACUUCUUCCCUCUCGGAAGCAUGGCUCAGGUGUGGAGAAGGAUUUUUGGACACUUCUGGGACUCCGGCAUUAGCUGAAAAGACAACUACUCUGGGAAAGCACCUUGAAUUACCCCCUGUGCUUCUAAAAGAAGCUACCACUUCUAAGAGUACCAGCAAUAUAACACGGAUUUUGAGUGAAAAUGAAUCACAAAGAGAUACUGGACAUCGUUCUCAUAUAGACAGAUUUCAUAGCAGGAAUAUUUUGUGUUCAGAAGAUGGGACCAAUGAGGAUAAAAUGCACCUUAUUGACUGGGAAACUGACAGUGACAAGGAAGAAGCUAUCAACUGUAAUGACCCUGAAGACAUUGAGAGUGCAGUGGAAAUUUCAGACUGUGUCUCUUGUGCCAGCAGUCCUUCUUUGACAUGUGAAGACAGGCUAUCUGAGUUUCCAAAAAGUUCUACAGAAAUUUUGGAGUAUUCAUCAGAUAGUGAGAAAGAAGAUAAUUCGGAAAAUAUCCUGUUCCUUGAUUCUGAAUCUUCUCAUAGAUACCACGUGGAUUUGGGAUCAGCUGAAAGUCAAGUUAUGGAGCAACUGAAAAAUCCAAGGGGGAAUUCCACAGAGACUACUUUGUGUACACUCCAGAAACAGACCAAGUGUUCAAGAACUCAAGAAUAUUCUGCAAAGAAGAAAUUUUUAAGGUAUAAAGUUUGCAUCAUCUGA